AUGUAUCGGAAGUUGUCUAAGUUAGAACACUCGGAAAUAAAACAACUUCUUACAGAAGCUAAUAUAGAUGUUGCAAAGCAUUACACAACAAACAAAAAGGCACUCGCUGACAUCCUCAAUGACUAUAAUGGUGAAAUAACUUAUGAUAGAAUUCAUGAGUUCAUAAAGCCGCAACGCGGCGAGGACGAAGUCCAUGCAAGAGCAUUUCCUUUAAAUGACGUUGCUAUUGACUUAUAUCAUAGACGUUCAAUACCUCAUGAAGUAAGAAGAGAAAUGUUUGACAUAACAAAUGCGAACGUUGGUCAUACUCGUAAAGCUCUUUCACAUGACGUUCGUCAAGAGAUGUUUGACAUAACAAAUGCAAACGUUGGUGAAACAAGAAGAGCUGUACCUCAUGAAGUAAGAAGAGAAAUGUUUGACAUAACAAAUGCAAACGUUGGUGAAACACGAAAGAGAGAUGACACACUGAAACAACAGAGAAGAGAGAU